AUGCCGAAGGUACGCAGAAGUAAAAAACCUCCACCAGAAGGAUGGGAACUUAUUGAACCAACUUUAGAUGAAUUGGACCAGAAGAUGAGAGAAGUGGAAACUGAACCGCAUGAAGGUAAAAGGAAAGUCGAAGCCUUGUGGCCCAUCUUCAGAAUUCAUCACCAGCGAUCUCGAUACAUUUAUGACCUUUUUUACAGACGACAUGCCAUAAGUAGAGAACUUUAUGAAUAUUGUUUACGAGAAGGCAUAGCAGAUAAGAAUCUGAUAGCAAAAUGGAAGAAGCAAGGCUAUGAAAACCUGUGCUGUUUGCGCUGUAUCCAAACAAGAGACACAAACUUUCAAACAAAUUGUAUAUGUCGAGUGCCAAAGAGCAAAUUGGAAGAGGGCAAAAUUGUAGAGUGUGUCCUUUGUGGCUGUCGUGGAUGCUCAGUUGAUUUGGGGUUCAUCUUGAUGCAUCUUUAG